AUGGCACCUCAACGGAAACGCGAUAAUCGCGAGAAUGCCUUCUUCAAUGUUGGUGUACAGGGUCGCAAGACCGGUAUCACGCUGGAAGAGCGUGCGCGCGAUGACAACGGCCUUGAGGCUAUCUCAGGCAUCUUUUCUUCGCCAGAGAAGUCCCCACCCAAGCGCGGAAGUACGAAUACUGCAUCAGAGUCGAUGGAUAUCCAAGAAAGCUCUAUUCCAAACAUCAACACCUCCGCCGCCAUCUUGCGCAACAAUCGUACUCACCUCCCUCCACCACGAUCGCGAUCGCCUAUGAAAACUGCGCUUGGGUCUUCGCCGCGCCGACAAUCGUCCAUGGCACCGCGGGGCAGCUCAAUUGCCCCGUCGAGCCCCAUACGCGCAACGUCACAUCCUGCAGUAGCCAGACGAUUGGACUUUGAGGAGGAAGAGGAGGACGCCAGCUUGCAGGAGACGCCAGCUUUGAGCGGGUCGGGCCAGCGCCGCGGGAAGCGCAACGACAUCUACACGUUGGAGCACUCGCCCAGCCGGCAACACAGUGCUGUGCUUGAGGAAAGCGAGCUGCAGGAAGAGAUCUCUGCAAAUAACGAAGAAGAAGAGCUGCUGGUUAUGGCCGAGAUUGAAGAAAGCUUUGUUGCUCAGAUCAGGGAUGACUUGGUCACUGGCGUCGACGCGGUCGAAUCGCUGCUCGAAGAAGAGACACAGUUGGAAGAGGACAUUGUACAAGAACCUGUGAAAGAGAAAGCCAAGAGAGGCAGGAAGCGAAAGAGCGAUCUGGCAGUGGUUACAGAAGAAGAGAGCCCAAAGCCAACCAAGGCACGAAAACGGGGGCCAGCUGCAGCGCAGGCACUCGAGCCAGCGAAGAAGGGGAAGAAGGCUGCGGCUGCGCCCGUUGUUCCAUCACGACGCUCGAAGCGUGUGUCCGAUAUCAACGAGCAGGAACCAAAUAUGCCUGAAGAAGCAUCUGCUUUGGACAACUCUGUUGUGGCAGAUGUAUCUGAGCAACUGGAGGAGGUGUCUGUAGCCCCAAAGCGUCGCGGGCGGCCGCCAAAGGCUCAGAAACAUGCUGAGGUUGAACUACUUGCUCCGGCCAAGAAAACAAAAACUGCUGCUGCCAAGGACGCCGCGAAAGAAAAAGCAGGUCCAGUCUUCAUGAAGCCCUCGAAACCAGUGGCGAUAUCGAAGGAGAAGCCAGCGCCCAAAGGCAAAGAAAACGUAAAGGCGGCAGACAACGUGUCAAAAGACGAAGCUGGAAGGCCAGUGGACUUGUACGGAAACCCCCUGAGCAAAGCCGACAUAGAACGGAUGUCCACAGCCUCGGUGGGAUCGCGGUACGGCCGGGGCCGCCAUCUCUCCGUGUUCCGCGAAAUGGAGCCUGAUGCAAUUGCCCGAGUCGGGCGUACUGGUAGACACCGCGUUGCGCCUAUCGAUUUCUGGAAGAACGACCGGAUCAACUACAACCAUGAUGGUAGCAUGGCAACUGUCGUCAAAGCACCAUCACCCGAACCUGUAACGAGAACAUCGACAUACUACAAGAAGGGCAAGAAGAAGACGCUCACUGCUAUUGAAGAAGAUGAGGUAGAGCUCGACCCUUGGGAAGAGGAUGACGGCUUCUUAACAGGCAACUACAAGGAUUACGAUCCUGCAAAUGAAUUCACUUCGCCUGGCCUAGUAGAAGGAGUCCUUGCUUGGUCUGAGAAGGGCAUCAAGCCCGAGGCAGUCGGAGAUGGCUCUUUCCAGUAUGCUAGGAUAGGAGGGAGUGGACCUGCUGGCUUCCUCAACUGGGGCAUGAUUGAGCUUCGCGCCGACCAGAUGAAACGUUCAAAGAACUCAAGAAAGAUGCAUAUGGUGUUCAACGUUCAGUCAGGCGCGGUCGAGGUCAAAGUUCACGAGAACGAGUUCACAGUACACAAGGGUGGGAUUUGGCAAGUUCCUCGAGGCAACACAUACAGCAUCAAAAAUGUCAGCAGCGGGACAACUCGCAUCUUCUUUGCGCAGGCUCGCGAAACAUUCGCAGAUGAAGAGUAA